UCCUCGCUUCUCGUCUUCACUCUCCUGUCGUUUAGCGCCGCUGCAUUGACAUUAAAUCCUCUUCUCCAAAAACAAUCAAUUGUCUAUAUACAAACGGGAAAACUUCACCAGUGAUUUAAUGUCACGGCGCGACAGAAAAUGGAACUACCAAACAAACUUCGCUUGCACCGGUGCCCGAUUUUGGCGGCAGCAUUGUUAUUACUACCUGCCUUGACUGUGCUGUGUAAUGACAUCCUCAGCCUGAAGGUGGCAGGAGAUCCGGUCCUAACCUCCAACUCGGUGUGUCUGCGCCUGGCUGGCCUGAGUAAGCGUCAGAUGAGGAUGUGCAUGCGUCGACCCGACGUGACGGCCUCGGCUCUGCAAGGCAUACAGGUGGCCAUCCACGAGUGUCAGCACCAGCUGCGGGACCAGCGGUGGAACUGCUCGUCCCUGGAGGCCCUUGGCAAGCUGUUGCACCACAGCAACAUCCUCAACAGAGGUUUUCGUGAGAGUGCCUUUUCGCUCGCCUUGUUAGCAGCGGGCGUGGCACACUCCGUGGCCUCGGCCUGCAGCCUGGGCAAACUGGGAGGUUGCGGCUGCGAAAGCAAGCGUCGGCGGAACCAUGACAAGCUCCGGUUGAAGCUCAUGCAGCUGCAGCUCCAGACACUGCAGAAAAGCGGCCUGCCCACCCACCUUCGCGCCUCGCAGCACACUGCGCGCUUCAAGCCCUUACCUGAUGAGCUCAGCUCCUCGCAAGAGACUUGGGAGUGGAGGGGUUGCAACCAUGACCUGCGUUUUGGGGAGCGUUUCUCCAGGGAGUGGCUGGACUCCCUGGGAUCCCCGAGAGACAUCCACGCUCGUAUGAGGAUACACAACAACCGAGUGGGACGCCAGAUCGUAGCUGACAACAUGAAGAGGAGGUGCAAGUGUCACGGCCUGUCAGGGAGCUGCCAGUUCAAGACCUGUUGGCAUGUAUCACCAGAGUUCCGGCUCGUGGGUUCAAUACUGAAGGAAAAAUUCCUCUCAGCCAUCUUGAUCAACUCCCAGAACAAGAACAAUGGAGUUUUCAACCGUCGAAUUGGGAGCCUUGGCCGAAGAAGGGCGGGGAGCCUGAACACAGGCCGUGGUCACAGCUUAUCCAGAGAGUUGGUGUACUUUGAGAAGUCCCCCGACUUUUGUGAGCGUGACACGGCCACAGACUCUUUGGGCACCCACGGCCGCGUGUGCAACAAAAUGAGCCACGGCACAGACAGCUGCGGCUCGCUGUGCUGCGGCCGAGGACACAACAUACUGAAGCAGACCCGCAGCCAGCGCUGCAACUGCAGGUUUCACUGGUGCUGCUAUGUUCUGUGUGAGGAGUGCCGUGUGACAGAUUGGGUCAGCGUGUGCAAGUAGAGCCCCGAGCCGUCCAGUCCCGAAGGCCAUAACGUUCAGGCGGUACAGGGCACUAGCCACGGAAAGUCCUUUUUACUCUGCUGUUGUCCAUGAGAUUGUUGUUUUGUUUGUUUUUGGUUUGUUUUUUUGUUCCUUAUGUGACACUAAACCGGACAUCUUUUGGAGCUCCCCAUCAUCCGGUGUGAGUUUACCAUUUGUAUCUGCCGGUAUUGUUACAAGGCCAAGUCAUGGUGUGUUUGGAUGCAUUCCUUUCAGUCCUGCUGCCACAUCUAAUUGAUGU